AUGGAGAACAGUGCCGCGACUCACGCGCAGGUGGCGCCGCCUGUAGUUCGCGCCCCUGCUGCAGCAGCGACACCCAGUGGAGGUGGACACAGCAACAAAGAAGAGCAGCUGUCUCGGAUGAGUGCCCAAGUCCGGAUCGGUGGCAAGGGUUCAGCCAGGCGCAAGAAGAAGCUCGUCCGACGCACUGCGACUGCAGACGACAAGAAGCUGAGUUCGUCUCUCAAGAAACUCAAUGUCAACACGAUCCCGGGCAUUGAAGAGGUCAACAUGAUCCGAGAUGAUGGCACUGUGCUGCAUUUCAAUAAUCCAAAGGCAAGUAAAGUUCAAUCGUCCCUCAGUGCAAAUACCUUUGCAAUCACGGGUCACGCGGAAAACAAGCAAAUGACGGAUCUUCUGCCAGGCAUCCUCAACCAACUCGGUCGGGACAGUCUUUUGCAUUUGAGGCGCCUGGCUCAUGGAAACAGUGGUGCUGGUCCACUAGAUGGCAGCGCCGGAGGUGGGAAACACGCCGCGCCGUCACAGACCGCGACAUCUGGGGAACCCGGAGCGCAUCACCACCAUCGUCAUCACCACCACCACCACCACCAUCACAUCAACAAGGAAGGCAUCCUCGAAGAGGAUGAUGAUGAUGUCCCGGAUUUAGUGGAGAACUUUGAUGAAGCGAGCAAGUUGGAGGACAAGAUCAUUGAUCACGCGAUUCCAUCAGCUCUCAUAAAAGAGCCAAGCACAGAAAAUGAGCAACAGAAGCAAGCCACUGUUGAACCCUUAGUUCUUCCACAAGAGCCUGAAAAGGCCAAACCUACUGAAGAACUGAGCAAAGCAUCAGAACCAAAGUCAGCAGAAGAGUCAGAACGUAUACCAACAUCUGUUGAACCAAAGAAAGAUGCUGAAUCAAAACCAGUUGACAAGCCACAACCUGCUGCUGCUGGGGAUGCUCAAGGAAAAGCAGGCAAACACAAGAACAAGAAACAGCAACAACAACAACAACAACAACAGGAAAAUCCCAUGCAAGCCAACAAGCAGAAUAAGAAAUCCAAGGAUAAGAAGUCUUCUACUGAAGAACCAAAGCUUGUGGCACCAGCUGCAGUAGAAGAAACCCAUGAGAAUAUUCUUAUCCCUGCUACUGCAUCCCCUCCUUCAGUCCUUCCAGAAAAUGAUGCCAAACCGGUUCAAGAAAAGGUACCACCAGCAACAACCAAACCUGAGUCUCAUCAGCAAGGCAAGAAAUCCAAGAACAAGCAACAAGCUCCACCUGUGGACUCAGUGGUACCAAGUGCUGCUGCACCAGCUCCACCAGCUCCAGAGAUAAAAUUAGCCCCAGAACCAUCCAAAGCUGCUGACAUACCUGCACCAGCAGUUCCUAGUCCAUCAGUAGAAGUCAAAGAAGAAAAAGCUUUGCAACCACAAGCUACUGGCAAACCUUCUGAUGCUCCCAGUGUCCCUCAACCACCACCAGAAAUGAGAAAAAAUGAUGGUAAACCUGUGCAACCUCAAGCUGCUUUGCCUGCUGCUGCUGCUACCACUACUGAGAAACAACCUGAACCAGAAGUACCACCAGCAGUGUCCACUGCUGACUCUGUGCCACCACAUGCUACAGGAUUGCCUCCAACAGGUGCCAUUGCCCCUCCAGCAGACGUUCUUAAAAAAGAUGAAGGUAAACCUGUGGAACCACAAGUUGUUGUCAUGCCUCCAGCAGCAGCAGCAGCAGGUCCUAGUGUCCCAGAAGUCAAAAAGGAGGAAAAUAAACCUGUUCAACCACAGGCUGACAACAAUAAACAACCAUCUCCAGUGGCACCCAAUCCUGAGACUGUGCCAGCAGGUGCUGCUGAAAAGCCCUCUGAGGCAGCAGUGACAUCUACUGAAUCCAAUCCUGCACCAGCUAAACCUGCCCCAGAGCCUGAACAACAACAAGCUAACCAGGAUACAGCACCUGCUGAUGCCAAAACAAAGCAGCCACAGGCACCAAGUAAAACUGCCCCUGCUCCUGGAGGAAGCAGCAGCAGCAGCAGCAAAAAGAAGAACAAGAACAAGAAACACUAG